CAAAUCAGUGUAAACAUAACCCAACUUCCGUUACAAUGUAGCCGGUUUUAAUUUAAUUAUUUAAUUAUGUCGAACAUGUUAACCGCCCGCAAAAUCAAGACCCUUGCGUACGGAGCGUGUUUUUUAACCGUCUUGUAUUACUUCGGAGUGUUCACCCAUUUGUUCGAGUCCGAGUUCAAGCACCACUUCCGCUACCCCUACGAUGGGGACAUUGAGGAGCUGGUGCAGCAACUUCGCUCGAACGCGACCCCCAAAGUGCCCCCGAUCAACACCUACAAUUUCCGCUUCGCCAAAUCAAGUUCCAACAAGUGCAAAAACGUGGAGAACUUGCGGCUGGUUUUUUUGGUGAAGUCGGCCCCCGAGCACUUCGACCGCCGAUUGGCGAUCCGCAGCAGCUGGGGCUUCGAGCACCGCUUUUCCGACGUGGAGAUCCGGACGGUUUUCCUGUUGGGUGAGCGCAGCGACGCGACUUCGCAACUUAAAAUCAGAAAGGAGUUUGAGAGUUAUAAGGACAUAGUCCAGGCUAAUUUCACGGACGAUUAUUACAACAAUACGUAUAAGACCAUGAUGGGUUUCACUUGGGCGGCGCGGUUUUGCCCCAACGCGCGUUUUUACAUGUUUGUGGACGAUGAUUAUUACGUUUCGACGAAAAAUUUGUUGCGCUUUAUCCGGAACCCGACCGCUUAUCCGAAUUAUCUCGAGCCGGCCAAGCAGCGAAAACUGCACCAGUAUGAUUUUGAUUUGGACGUCAAUGUGCGCCUUUACGCGGGGUUUGUCUUUGUGUCAGCCCCUCACAGACAUAGGACCAGUAAGUGGUACGUGUCUUUGAGCGAGUAUCCGUACGACAUGUGGCCCCCUUAUGUGACCGCAGGGGCGUAUGUGGUGUCGAGGGAGGCCCUCCUUGAUAUGUACUACGCCAGUUUCUAUACAAAACAUUUCAAAUUCGACGAUAUUUAUGUCGGUUUGUUGGCGUAUAAAUGUAAAAUCGAGCCAUAUCAUUGUGAUCAGUUUUAUUUUAAUAAGUUGGGUUAUAAUUUCGAGGACUAUAAGUAUUUGGUGGCCACACAUGGCUAUGGGGAUCCGUUUGAACUUGUCAAGGUUUGGACGCAGCAAAGGGCCAAAAAUAGUGCAUAAUUUGUAAAUAAAAAAUGUCAAGCUUGUGAUUCCAGAGUUAAAUUGGCAACACUGAAUAAACAAUGUUGCCAAUUCAAUUGCAAAAUCACAAGCCACUAGGACUGAUUUACCCACUGUUAAGUUAUUUAUGUUUAAUAAACAUAUCAUGUUUA